AUGUCGUGGUCGGCAGGGUCGACUGCUAAUGAGCAGGAGGCUUGUUUUUACUGCAACAAGGAUGCAAAGAAGAGGUUUUGCUGCCCACGCUGUGCAGGGCCGGGCCAAGUUCCCGGCAAAGCAUCUUACAUGCUUUGCGACCUCUGCCUCGCAGAGAGAGCCUGCCGCUAUUGCCAACGCCGGCCUGAGCCACAGGACGCUUUCACGGACCCAGAUCUUCAAAGCCUCCAACAAGGCAUUGCUUCAUUGGAAGGUUCGACUACGCGACACGGUGACAAAGGCGGCCCGUCGGUUGCAGAGGCCGAAAGUGUGGCCGAAGCCUUGAGAUCAUGCCCUGCUUCUGCAAAGUCUCCGGAAUUCUGGAUUCUUGUAGAGAUCUCCUGUGUCCUACUGUACCGAUCUCCUGCACGGAUAAAAGACAUUCAGGAAGAUGGCUACGACGGACGGCGGGAGCCGUUCUACAUCAGGCCCGGUGCCCCCGAGUUCCUCCGAGAAGUGUCGAGGUUGCCUCAAGCCCGCUUGGCGCUUACCACAACCAUGCGCCCGGCUACUUAUCAGCCACUGCUGGAAUGCUUGGCACAGGCAGCGUUUGGAGGCAGUACAUGGGAUGAAGCCUCCUAUCCCCUUUUUGACAACCGCGAUGUCAAGUCGCAUCGCCAGUUUUCUGACGGCAGAGAAGCACCGGCUAUUGAUGUGACCGGCGUGAGACGGUACGCUCUUGAUGUCUUGGGCUAUGAGAUGAAGCAGGAACACAUAAUCUUGGUGCAGAGCUUGAAAGAAGUUGUGUCGGAGACAUGUUGGUGGCCGAACGUGUUACUCAUUCCUGCGAUGCUGCCGUCGGAUCUGCUAGUGGCUCCAGAUAUGUUGAGGACGGAGCUGCAGCAAGCACUUCGAUACCUCAAGAUGUUGGACGGAUCAGCUGACAUCCGCCAGACUUUGUUGCAGGCACCCUGCAGCUUCGAUAGGCCAUGCAAGGAUCUGGCACUUGACAUGGAUGAACGUCCGCCCUGGGCGAGCGAAGCUGAUUACGCUGGACAGCCUGUGGCCAAGGAUGAAGACGGCCUGGAGAAGGACAGUGGUGUGAGGACUGAGGGCUCAGACGGGCAUGAGUGGCGGGUGCUCGGGCCAUCGCAACGUAGCAAGUAUGAGUGGAACGGUGUGCGAUUUCAUUCGUUUCCGGCGUCAUGCAACUCAAAAUCCCGCUUCGAAGUGACCGUUGUGCAGGGGCUCGUCCGUCUUGGCUGGUCGACUGCGCAUGGCUCGUUGGACCUGGGCAAAGAUCGCGGCGAGGGAUUUCCCCAUGUUGGCUACGGAGGGACCGGAAAGGUAUGUGUUUGUGGAGCGUUCAGCAACUAUGGCGAGUCCUUCGGCCGAGGAGACGUCAUCAGCUGUGAGCUUUCUUUGAGUCAGGGACGAUGGGCUGCCGCUUUCGCUAAGAAUGGCUCUGUGAUGGGUCAAGUAGAUCCGUUUGGCACACCCGGCUGUGCGGACGACAUGUACCCCCACAUCACCGGCAAAACAUGUUUCGAAGUGAAAGUUUGCCUCACACCUGGAGACUUCAAAGCAAAUGGCAGUUAA